GGAGCUAACGGGUUAUGAUCUGCUGAUAUACGCUGAGCGUCAUGCGGGCUGUUCCCCUGUUUCUGUGCGGUAACACAUUCUAUAGGCGAACAGGAAGCCAGUUUGUUGGAGCGGCUGCUGCAUCUGUGUCCGCUGACCGGCGAAACAACACAGGAAUAAAUAUGCACCAAGGAGUAGGGCAAAGGGAAGAGCAGGAGGAGGUGACCGGACUGGUUUGUCAGGAGACUGAUCUCCAUGAUGGACAAAUGAAGGAGGUAACCGUGGAGGACCAGAAGGUGCUGUUGGUCCGUACCAAGGGUCAGUACAGUGCAGUUGGGAGCAGGUGCUCCCAUUAUAAUGCCCCUCUCAUUAAAGGAACACUGGUUGGAGAGAGGGUGAGGUGUCCUUUUCAUGGAGCCUGCUUCAAUGUGAGAACUGGAGACAUCGAAGAGUAUCCAGGCCUGGACUCUUUACCAACCUACAAGGUCAACGUCAAAGAUGGGAAUGUUUACGUGUCUAUUAAUAAGAAGUCCUUGAAGUUGACCAAACGGGUGAGGGAGAUGUGCACGGUCCAAUCUGAUGUCAAACACACCAUCCUGUUGGUAGGAGGAGGCCCUGCGUCGCUUGUUUGUGCCGAGACUCUUCGUCAGAACUGCUACCAGGGUCGCAUCGUCAUCAUAACCAAAGACAGCCUGCCUCCGUUUGACAAACCCAAACUGAGCAAAGCUAUGAAUGUGGAGAGCAGCAAUAUCCUCCUGCGGCAAGAUGACUUCUAUCAGCAAUAUGGAAUAGAAAUGUGGAUCGGGAAAGAGGUCGUCUCUGUGAAUCCGACUAAGAAAUCAGUGAUGAUGAGUAAUGGCAGCUCGGUGCUUUACGAUCAACUCCUCAUCUCAACAGGCUGCAGAGCUCGCUCUCUCAGCUGUCCUGGAUCAGAUUUAAAGGGAGUGCAUCUGCUGCAGUGCUAUGACAACGCUAAAGAGAUUCACGCUUCGUCGGUCGGCAAGAGAGCUGUUGUAAUUGGAGCAUCCUUCAUAGGUAUGGAGGCAGCUUCGUACCUGUCGGACAAAGCUGCGAGCGUGGCCCUGGUGGGCCCCACCGAGUUCCCGUUUGAGAAAUCUCUAGGGCCAGAGAUCGGCAAGAUGACCAAGAAGAUGUUGGAGGAAGCCAAUGUAAAGUUCUUCAUGAACAACAAAGUAAAAGAGAUCAGAGGGGAGAACGGAAAGGUGAAGGAGGUGGUGCUGAAUGACGGUACUGUCCUGGAAGCUGAUGUGGUGAUAGCAGGAAUAGGUGUUGUUCCUAAUACAGACUUCCUAGAAGGAAGUGACGUGGCAGUGGAUUCGAGAAAAGCAGUUAUUGUGGAUAAGUUCAUGAGGACCAAUGUACCAGACAUUUUCAGUGCCGGGGACGUCACCUCCUUCCCUCUGACCAUUCGCAGAGACCAGUCGGUCAAUAUCGCUCACUGGCAGAUGGCCCACGCUCACGGAAGAGUAGCAGCUCUGAACAUGCUGAAUAAACCAACCACAAUAGAGUCCAUUCCUUUCUUCUGGUCUGUGUUGGGUGGAAAGAGCAUCAGAUACGCAGGUUACGGAGAAGGCUACACAGAGAUCAUAUUUAAAGGCAAAGUGGAAGAACGGAAAUUUCUGGCCUUCUACAUAAAGGACGAGGUGGUGGUAGCGGCUUCUAGCCUGAUGUUUGAUCCCGCUGUGGCUCAUGUUGCAGAGCUGAUGGCUAAAGGCACAGUCAUAACAAAGGCACAGGCUCAAUCUGAAGACCUGAGCUGGCUGCAGAUGUAACCGGGAUCCAUCAGGAGUAGAAAGAAGUCGUCCCAUUCAGUGCCUACCUCCAUCGAUACAUUCAUUGCCUCACAUACUGCAGCAAACUCAUUUGACUGCCCUUCUUUUCUUACUUAAUGGUGCUGUUGCCAUAGCAGCAAAUACAGCUUUACUACAAAUUAUUUAAUUUCCCUGUAACCAUUAUACUGGAGCGAGUGUUUGUUUUCACUGCUAAACUGUACAAUGUUUCUGCUGCACUCAUUAUAGGCUCAUUGAGGGGCUUUCAUUGUGAUCCUAAUUUAAUCAACAUUUGUUUAAAUAGAGUAAUGGGGUAGCAGAAGGAAAAGGAUAGCGCUGUCUGUUUUGUUUUUCUGUUAAUUGUUUGGUGUUGGUUAUCUUAAAAGUAAAACAAAUGUCGUAAAACGUAUUUAUUUUGAGUGCUGUAUGUUAUGGCAACUGAAAGCAUAUUGGCGAUUCAAGUUUUUGAAUUAUUAUGUUCUGUAAGUGUGUCUCCAGUAAAUAUUUUAUGUCUUUCUGUCUUUAAAAUACAGCAUCCUACAGUUAUUUUUUUUUCCGGAGACCCUUUCAACUGUUGUUCAUAUAGCAGACUUAUUCUGUGCACCAAUUCCUUCAUUUUUGAGCAGCAUAAGCCAGAAGUUUGCCUAUUGUAUGCAGGCCAGCUGACAGCCUCGGCUUGGCGCAGAAAAAAUUUAUAGGGUUUAGGCCCUAUCAUAUUUUUGAUUAAGUAUUUGUUAAAGUCAAGCCUAAAAAUACACAUUUUUAAGUACACUUUUCUGGUAAGAAGAUAAACGUUGAUUUGUCAAGAUAGUAAAGAAAAUGAAGAUGACAAUACAGUAAAAACAAGCAUUUAAUGGCUAAUAACUUAAAAUGUAGAAAUAUUUAUAAAUUGGGGGAAAAAAUUAUUUAAUAAAUACAUAAGUAAAAUUUUCACAUUUAAAAAUAGAAACCUUAACACUUUUUAAAGUGUGAAAUAUGUGGAACUUUUUGCUUUCCAUACAUGCUGCAUUCACAGUUUAUCUUUUUUAUAGACUUCUUGUGUGACAUGUUUAGAUUUGAGCACCAAAGGUUAUGGUCAAAAUCUCUCCUAAGCAGUAUAUGCAGAGUAGCAGGAUUGUCUAUUUAUUACAUGUGAGAGUCAUACAAGUCGCAUUAUCAUUGUAAUGUUUUCCAAUUGUUUUAUGAAAAACAAAAGCUUUUCCAAUCAUAGGUACAAAACUAUAAGGGCCGGAUCUUAAAGGCUGCAGCUAAAGAUUACUCUACUUAUCGAUUAAUCUAUCACUUAUAUUUUUUCUGACUAAUAAUCCGAUAGCAAACUGUGCUUAAUAGAAGAUAUUUUUACAGAAUUUGAUCCAGUUAAAGCUGAAACUUUGACAGCUAAAGAGUCCUAGAUGGAGCAGAUUUGCUGACAAAGGUCUUUCAUCCUAAAUGCAAAUUGUCUUUUUUAGCAGAUGGCAUAUUUUAGAUUUAGUAUAUCCAACCUCUCAGUUAACUUCUAUUUUAAUUAUUGACCAUUAAAACUUUAUUACGAUGUACUUUAAGUGGUCAGCAUUUCUGGAAAUGUAGCGUAUAAAUUCAGUCUAUCUACCAUUUAAAGGCAUCUUAACUAGUUGCAAAAAAUUACAUAUUUUGCACUAUAACUGAGCUUGAAUCUUUUGACUGCUCUGCUCGGCAGCAUUGGUAGAGUUAAUUUAUAAUUUGUAUUCCACGAGCAAGACCUUUGCCCAAUUGUCACUGAACCUAAAGUCAGGGCCACUCCUUAAGCUUAAUGGAACCUGCUUUAUACGCAAAGAAAUUGCAGAUCUAUGUUUUGGAUGUUUGUUUUUUUUGGAAAAUCCAAAUAUGUCCACAUUUCAGCCAUAUGACCCAAACAGCCCCCCAGAGAUGAGGGGAAAUUGCAUAGUAUGUUGUUCAAUAGGCUGCAGGUUUUACUCUAAAGGGAGGUUAGUAUCAAUGGACUGAGAUUAGCUGUCCGAGAAAUAGUAUGUCUCGAGGAGCCAAGGUGACAAUACCAAACCUAAGAACAGCUAACGUUGUCAAGUAUGUUGCUGGCAGCAUCAUGCUGUGGGUCUUUCUCUCCAACAGUUGUAUUCAUACAUCGAAAAAAGGAAAAAUAGGAAACGUUUAAUAAGGACAUAGUUGUUUUUAGUUGAAUAAUCCAAAAUUAAAAACAGGUUGAAUGGACAGUCGGCUGAUAUUAGGCCUGUUGUUUGAGCCAUGCUGAACCCUAAACAGAAGAAUAUCCACGUUUUUACCAGAAAACCAAUCAAUGUAAAAAUAAAAUACCAAUUUAUAUUUGAAGAGAGUUCAGCCGUUCUGCUAGAUAUCUAUAAAAAGCUUGUUGAAAGCUGCUAAACAUAAUUCCACUUCAACUCCAAAUGCUACAAAUCCAUAUAAAUAUUUCAGCCUGUAUAAAUAUUAAUCUGACACAUGUGGAUUAAAGAACAUCUGUAAUGAAUUCCAACCAGACAUUACAGUCAUGCUCAUGGUGAAUAUUUGAAAAAGUAUUUAAAAUAAAUAAAACUAAAACACUUCAAUAUUC